AUGAAUUACGAUUCGAGACCGAUUUCUGCAAGACCUGGUGAUGAAAAUAUUCCAGAGUUUGAAGAGUUUCGCGAUUUUAGAGUCAGUCAUCGUUAUGGCACACGUGAGCCAACGGUCAUCAGUCACCUUCUACUAAAGGCUGCAUGUUAUGCUCAAGGACCAAAGGAAGAGGCAGGCAAAAUUGCUCGUGUUGAAGGCAUUCAGUUCAAUACAGUGGAAUCAUUGGCUUUAAACUUUCAAAAUAUAUUGAGAAUUGAAAAUUUAAAUGGGUUUACAAAUCUUACAAAACUACAACUGAAUAAUAAUAUUAUUGAAAAAAUAGAAAACUUAGACGGCUUAGUUAAUCUUACGUGGUUAGACUUAUCUUUCAAUCGAAUUUCAAAAAUUGAGAACUUACACAAACUAACAAAAAUUGAAGAUUUAAGUUUGUUCAACAAUCAAAUCAGCUUGAUGGAGGGAUUGGAUGAAAUGAAAAAUUUAAAAUAUCUAUCAAUUGGAAAUAAUGAAAUCGCUGAAUUAGAGAAUGUGAUGUAUUUAAGAAAGUUUGACAAACUGGAAUCUGUCAAUUUAAGUGGAAAUCCACUGACAAAUAAUCAAUCCUACAUACAUUACAUAUGUGCAUUUUUACCACAAAUACAAUACCUAGAUUACAAGAAAAUUUCACAAACUGUGGCGAUGAAUAAACUCGAAGAAACACCAGAAAUACAGACGCAAUUUAUUGAGGAAAUUUUGGCAGAAUAUCGAAAAAAAAUUGAUGACUUAUGGGACCAGCUGAUGGCAAAUGAAAUGAUAAUCUCAGAGCAGAUUGAAGAUGUUGUCAAAGAGUUUGAGAGAAACAUAAGAGAUAUGAUAGCAUAUUUUGUUGAAUCAGCUCAAAACUAUCUGAGCAAAUGUCGUGAGGCUGCCAUUGGUUUUCAUGAGCGGUUAACAGAAGCAACACUACCUUACGCGGAACGUUUGGGUAAAAAUGAACUGACAGAAACAGAUCAAAUAUUAUUCCCAGACAGGGAUACAAUGAUAAAUAGUUUGGCUCAAUCGAAAGACAAUCAAUCCUUACGAAUGGAUGAAUGCGAAGAAAGCCUAAUAAGACGAGCUAAUCAAUGGUGUGAUGAAUUAGUUGAAAGUAUCUACCAACAAGAAGUAUUUGAGCGGCAUAAAAAUAGAGUCACUGAAAUCAACUUAUUCAUUGACCAUCAGAGAGCUGAACUUGAUGCUUUCGAUUUAGCAGCAAUCUAA